AUGAAGAUCUUGACUUUUCUUUUCUUUGCGGACGUUGUCCAAAUCUCCACUUGGGACAGAGCCUUGCAAGCGGUUCUGGAACUCAAUACCUCUACGAUUCUCCAAACCUUGCGGAUCCGCCGCGACCGCUUCUCAGCAAGCACAAGACAGCGCAACCUUGUAACCACGCGCCACCUUCACGAAGCCCUUUCUGAAGUCUCCAAGGAGUCUUCUCUUCUCAGAGCAAUCCAGAUCGCGAGGGACUCCCAAAAGCGCAUGUUGCUAGAGAUUCCUCGCCGGGAUAUCGGGCGUAUUAUGUCGCUGAAGAUCUACCUACCUCUGACGAUGGAAGAGACGUGCAAGACGAAGGCAGGCUGGCUCAAACACGAAGCGUUUGUGACGGAUAACAGCAGCAACAAGGGCUCGAGGGAAGAAGAAGCGCUCGACGAUUUGGCAAGACUCAAGGACAUUACACAUGGGAUGAUGGACAUGAGGUCAAUCAGUGGUACAUUUGGGCAUGGUCAAUGGGAGCAGUUUGGCACGGAUGACUGGAAGAAUGGCUUUGUUCGAAGCUCCCCUCCCCACCUCAGGUACAUCGGUACUUCGUCUCGAUCAGCUCUCUCGCCCUCCUGCCAUCUCAUCGGUCCCGAGCGGACACAAGAAUCCACUCUGGCUACCGCUACUUCCACUCUACCGGUCAAGGACAUGAGCAUCGGCUCCAUCAGCCCUGGGAAGUACAAGGCACCAGAACAAUCACUCCAGCUGUGUCGGGGCACGUUGCACGUCGCUGCUGCCCCUUGA